CGACGACAACUCACAAACCUAUAUUUCGUUUCGAGAGGUUUCUUCUCUCUUCUUCCUCGUUAAGUCUUCAAGCUGAUCUCAUCAUCUCUCUUCCUCUCUCUCUCUCUCUGUAAAAUUAAUGGCGAGUAAUUGCGAGCUUUGCUGCGAGAUCCUGAUCGCAAUCCUUCUUCCUCCUGUCGGAGUUUGUCUCAGGCAUGGCUGUUGCACUGUAGAGUUCUUCGUUUGUUUGGUUCUCACUUGCUUAGGCUACCUUCCGGGAAUAAUCUACGCGAUCUACGCGAUAUUGUUCCUAAACCGCGACGAGUACUCUGAUGAAUACAGACGCAUCUACUACGUUGCUUGACUGUUUUUUUUCCCCGGUUUAAGUUGUUUUGGGUGUUUCAGUAUUGUUCUUGGAAACAUUUGUAUGAUAUAUUCUUUAAAAUGUGAUUACUGUAUCUGAUAAAACAUGGAGGUUAUAUAUUUAUGUUAUAUAAACCAAAUCACCUCUGAAGAUAUCCCCCUAAUCCUUAGCUUUAAACUAUUGCGUACGGUUGACAUUGAUAGUUAUUGUUGGAUAUACUCCAAGUCGGGGAAUUACACUGUCAAAACGGGAUACAUAGUAGCUUGUGACAUGGAUAUAGAGAGCCACAUCCAAGCACAACGAUUUUAAAGAUUUGGGAAACCAAAACUUCGAGGAAAAUAAAACAUUUGCUCUAGGGCUGCAUUGCUACUUGUGGACGUCUGGUAGAUAAACAUUGAGGAGUGGAUAAUUCAUGCGCAAAAUGUUGGGCAGAUGAUGAAUCCAUAAACUAUUUGUUUUUUCCCGUGUUCUCCAGUUUUACAAAUAUGUGCUUUGUCGUCGAUUCCAAAUACUCCAGACUGUUUUCCGUGUGAAACAAUAUUUAGUAAUAUGAAUUAUUUACUAUCCC